AUGGAUGUAAGAAAGGUAGAUGCCCCAACGUCACCAACAGGAGUAUCUCCAGCUUCUGUAGCAAACUCUGAUGGACUUUAUUCAAACCCUGAAGAAGUUUCAAUAGAAAUAGACAUGACAAUAUUAGGUGGAAGUUGA